CAGGACCUUGGAUCUGUAUCGAGACACCGGAGCAGCAGCGACUGGACAACAAGUUGACAAGUAGCUGAGCAUCUGGCAACCACAGUAGCCGAGGCCUUCCAACGGACACUGCAGAGGCUUUUCACUACCAACAGCCUGAGGAAGGGCAGGAAAAGCAGUGAGGUUCACAAAGAAGCGAAAAAUAAAAGACCUCCAAUUCAACAAUGAAAUUCCUGAGCAUCAUCGCUGUUAUCCUGUGUGCCUGCGCUCUUCUCUCUGCAGCCAGUCCCGUCUCAGAGAUGCCAAUGCAGGAGACGAGAGAAGGCGACAUUCAAGAGGAUAAACAGUGGAUAACAGAGGCAGCAGAAGAGGUGAAUCCCUUGGUUCUUCUUAGGUCAAAGCGCCAAAGCCACCUGUCCCUGUGCAGGUACUGCUGUAACUGUUGCAAGAACAAGGGCUGCGGAUACUGCUGUAAAUUCUGAGGAGAUUCCAUCCACCCCAAGACUCGGGUCCCAUGCUGGAAUCCCACCCAAGAUCUUUAAGUUAUUUAUUAAGAAUAUAUUUCUAACUCCUGUUCUGCACUGGAUUUAACUUUUCUUUUUCUUUUUUAAACUCCUGACGUUUCCUGUAGAAAACACACCACUUGUAUGUAUUGUCUGGCAUUGCGUAAUUUUGCAGUUAAAAUACUAGUUUACUAGUUUAGUAGUUUGAAUACAAAUGGAACUCUUUCUUUUUAUCUUAUCCGUAUCAUUUUAAAUGGUGUUUUGUACAAAAUGCUUUUUUCAGAAUACGUGUAAACUGGACUUGGACAAGCAGUUACUGACAAGGAGUGUGAGUGAGUGAGAUUUUUUUGUCUGUCAAUAUGUUUUCCACACUUCUCAGAUGUGUUGGCGCUGAAGUUGAUAUUAUACAAAUAAACUAUUCCUGACUUUGGAAUGCAUUUCAUUUAA